AUGAGAUUAUCUUGUACGACAACCUAUUUGUUGGUUCGUGCAUUCCUUGAAUUAUUUGAAAACUCUUCACCAUACAAUCUUCUUAGAGCGAUCGCGGGUUUGAUUAGGGAUAUUAAAGGGCGAAGAGCAAGGACCACAGUGUAUGGUGGAACCUUUUGA